CACCCAGACCCACAGAACUAGGCAGCUCAGUUGAAGGCAAGCGUCCUUUAUCAGGUCCUUGCAGCCUCCAGCUCUCCCGCAGUGCCUUCAGCCCUUGACACCAACAUGAGGUUCAAGUUCUCCAUCAUCGCUCUUCUUCUGGAAGCGCUCUUCAUCGUUUUGUUUGGGCUAUUUGUGGAGUAUGGCGAUGGGGACAGCUAUUCGUAUCCGUACUUUAAGGACGUCCAUGUGAUGAUAUUUAUUGGAUUUGGUUUCCUGAUGACCUUUCUGAAGAAAUAUGGAUUCACCAGUGUUGGUAUCAACAUGCUCAUUGCUGCCUUUGGUCUUCAGUGGGGCACUCUAAUGCAAGGAUUUUUGCACAGGGGUGAAAGAGGGAAAAUUCAUGUUACCAUCGAAAGCAUGAUAAAUGCAGACUUCAGCACAGCAACUGCUUUGAUUUCAUUUGGAGCAGUCCUGGGGAAAACCAACCCUGUUCAGAUGCUUCUCCUGACGUUUCUGGAGAUCACAGUCUUUGCAGUCAAUGAAUAUCUAGUUACGGAAAUAUUUAAGGCUACAGAUAUUGGAGCCUCAAUGACCAUCCAUGCCUUUGGAGCUUAUUUUGGUUUGGCUGUAACGCUCAUUUUGUAUCGUCCUGGCUUGAAAAACAAGCAUGAAAAUGAGGAAUCUACCUAUCACUCAGACAUAUUUGCCAUGAUUGGUACCCUGUUCCUUUGGCUUUUUUGGCCCAGUUUUAACUCUGCAAUUGCAGAUUUAGGUGACAAGAUUAAAAUAAUUAUCAACACUUACUACGCCCUGGCAGCAUGUGCUGUUACAACAUUUGCCCUCUCCAGCCUGCUGGAUCAAAGAGGCAAAUUCAGUAUGGUUCUCAUUCAAAAUGCCACCCUGGCAGGAGGAGUAGCAGUGGGUACCUGUGCUGACCUGACAAUACACCCUUUUGUCGCCUUGUGCAUUGGGAGCAUUGCUGGGAUCAUCUCUGUCCUGGGGUUCCACUUCCUGACUCCUGUUUUGGCAUCCAAGCUGAAAAUUCAAGACACAUGUGGAGUCCAUAAUUUACACGGCUUACCCGGAAUACUGGGAGGCAUUGCUGGCAUCAUAGUAACUGCAGUACAACGUGAAACUAAGGGAGGUGUCCAACUUACAGCAGGCAAACAGGCUGCUGCCUUGGGCAGUACAAUUGGAAUUGCACUGCUUGGUGGAGCAUUGACAGGUGCUAUUCUAAAGCUGCCCAUCUGGGGACAAGUAUCUGACCAGAACUGCUUUGAUGACUCCGCUUAUUGGGAGGUUCCAGAAGAGGAGAAGCUGCAUGAAAUUAAUUCCAACAACUAUGAUGAGCACAGCAGAUUUGAAGCUAUCAUGUAGGAAAACAUAUAUAAGUCCUUAUGAUGCUCUUUUCUGUUUCUAGUGCUAAAAACCAACUCCCCAGAAUUUUUCUAACCACAAAUAUCUUCCAGAAGGAGCUGUAGGUAGCUGUAAUUCUGUAAUAUUUUUUUUUAAGUUUGAUUUUAGCAUAAAUUGUCAUUAUGUCAGGCUCAGGAGAACCAAUUUGAUUUUCCCAACGUUCGUUCUUUUGGAAUGAGGAUUGCUAAAAUCUAUAAAGAUUCUGUCUCCAACUUUCCCUCCAUCAACCAAGCAGGUGAACUUAUUGUAGAAGGAAAUUUCCAAGUCAGGACUUUCCCCUGAUGAACCCAUGCUGACAAGGGCUUAGUUAUCAGAUCAAAGGGGGAGACUGUAAUACAAAAUAGCAUAGAUAUUAUUCCUAUUCUGCUUGCAUAUUUUUUCCUCAGAAAACUAUAAAGAUAAGUACAGCUGAAUUCCUAUCUGAGGAUUCAGGAGCUCAUUUAUUCACAUGAAACCAUGAGUUAAUUGCACUGAGAGCUGACUGCAAAGAAAUGCCUCCAUGAGGAAUAACUAUUUACUAUGAAGAAAUCCCCCAGAAUGGUCCCCUCAGGAGUUACGUUUUGCUCAUUGAAACAAAUGGAAAAAAAAAAAUAAACUUUGUGCUUCUGUUGUCCA